CUUUUUCCAAUAUACCAUUUGGUCUUUCUUUAGUUUACUCUCUCAAGUUCUCAAGCAACCUGUGUUAUCUUUGGUUUGAAUCAAUCUCCGACCUCUUUAAAGAAAGAAAUUUCUAGUUUGAUUGAGGAAGAAGAAAUGUUGGCAAUAUUCAACAAAGGGUUAGUGAAUCCACCGAAGGAGCUGCACAGUCCAGCUUCGGUAAGUUCAUCUAGGAAGCCUAAGCUUGCGGUGGAAAUCCUCAAGGAUUUUCUCUCUGCUAAUCCCAACAGUGCUUUCUCGAUUGGCUUCGGAGCUGCAGCUUCCUUAGCUUAUGUUCCACCACAGAAUCCUUGCACCACUUACCAAAGGUUGUUUUGUGGAGUGGAUGAAAUAUACUGCAUUUUCUUGGGAAGUCUGAACAACCUUUGCAGCCUUCUCAGGCAGUAUGGUCUGUCAAAAGGCACAAACGAGGCAAUGUUUAUCAUCGAGGCAUACAGGACCCUCCGGGACCGUGGCCCCUACCCAGCCCAUCAGGUACUCAAGGAUCUUGAAGGAAGCUAUGGAUUUGUGGUCUAUGAUGGCAAGGCUGGAAGUGUAUUUGCUGCAUUGGGUGCAGAUGAAGGGGUUAACCUCUUCUGGGGUAUUGCAGCUGAUGGAUCUGUGGUUGUUUCAGACAACUUGAAGGUCAUAAAAGAAAGCUGUGCUAAAUCAUUUGCACCAUUUCCAGCAGGGUGUAUGUUCCACAGCGAGCAAGGAUUGAUGAGUUUUGAGCAUCCAAGGAGCGAAAUGAAGGCAAUGCCAAGAAUUGAUAGCGAAGGGGUGAUGUGCGGUGCCGACUUCAAGGCCGAUGUUCAGUCAAGAAUAAGCACCAUGCCGCGCGUGGGCAGCGAAGCCAACUGGGCGCUGCGAGGCUCCAAAGCUUGAAUCAUAUUUUCACUCAUGACCCACAAUUGUAUUCCAUAUGAUUUUUGUGUUUUUCUUGGCUUUAUUCCUUGCUUUUGAAUUUUCGGAACGAACUUGCCACUGUAAAAAAAUGCCUUGUGAACAUGAAAAGGCAUGUUUGAUAAAUAAAAUGCAAAAAAAAAAAAAGGGAAUUCCUUCACUUA